ACAGGUUGGCAUGUGAUGCCGCUGCGGACAGCCGCCCGGGCCUCCUCGGCGUCCACGGCCUCCACCACCUCCACGACGACGACCACGUCCGUGACAACGUACCAGCCGCCCACGCCGGGCUCCUACCCGUCAUGCAUCAUGUGCCUCGCGGAGCAGGCCGCCUUCCUGGACCCCAACAACGUGUACAUGUGCUCGCCCUGCCCCGGGGACACGUCCGGCGCCGUCGGCAACCGGUGCUACAUCGUGCACAGGGUGACGUCCACCAGCACGGCGACGGCCUGCAAGGACGAGGAGCCCGCCAAGGACGCGGGCACCGUCACGCUCUUCGUGCCCAACCUGGUGCCCAGCCUGGUGGCGCCGCCGGGCUUCGAGGUGGGCCUGGGCGCGGCCAGGAGUAUCAGCCUGCCGCCCCUGCCGCCAGACGUGCCCGUCGCCAUCGCCUGUCCGCCGGGCGCGGCGGGCUGCAGCCUCAACGGCCUCAACCCGCACGCCGAGGUGUUCCAGAGCCAGAUCGUGUACCACACCAAGCAGCACGCUGACGUCGCCACCGUCGCCACCGUCGCCACGACGACCACCAUCACGACGACCAUCCCCGCGGCCGCCUCCGCCACCACCACCAGCACCGCCCCCACGACCACCUCCACCUCCUCGCCACAGGAAGGGUGUGUGUACAUGAAUGGGGACAUUGCGAAGCUCCCUUCAGGGGCGGUAUUCUCUACCACCCCUGAAAAUAUUCCCUUGGCCACCUCAAUUAACAACACAGACUACAGCACCUUAAAUGGGAUCAGUGCGGAUGUCGACACAGAUGCCACUGACUCAACAGAGCCAGUGGACUUGUUGGAGUGCAGUGAUGGUCUGGGGGAUGGAGCAUCUACACCAACUCACAGUGUUGCCAAUAGUACAGCAAGCAUAUCUGCCAGUGGUGCUUCAAGCAAUACAACAAGUGCUGCAGUAUCACCACACGAUGGCUCCAUUCCCCUUGAGCAACUUAAACAACUGCUUUCAUCACAACUAGAAUAUUACUUCUCUAGGGAAAACUUGGCUAAUGAUACGUACCUGCUCUCUCAAAUGGACAAUGACCAAUAUGUGCCCAUAUGGACUGUUGCCAACUUCAACCAAGUUAAGAAACUUACUAAUGAUAUCAAACUUAUUACUGAAGUCCUUAGAGAGUCUCCAAAUGUACAAGUAGACGAAGAGGGGCAGAAAGUACGACCUAAUCAUAAACGAUGCAUAGUCAUUUUGAGAGAGAUUCCUGAUAGUACUCCUCUCGAAGAUGUUAAGAAUCUAUUUUCUGGGGAAAAUUGUCCCAGAUUAAUAUCAUGCGAAUUUGCACAUAACUCAUCUUGGUAUGUUACAUUUGAGUCGGAUGAAGAUGCUCAAAGGGCCUAUAGAUUUUUACGUGAGGAAGUCAGGGAAUUUCAGGGUAAGCCCAUAAUGGCUCGAAUUAAAGCAAAACACAUGAAUAGGUUACCCGCACCGACUGUGGGAGUAGGGGUAGGUCCAGUUCCAGUGGGUGUUGGGGUUGGGGUUGGAGUAGGUGUUACAGGGCAGCCAUUGGGUCCUGGUGGCCCUAUGAAGAAUGGCUACAGAACACCCCCAUCCGGACCCGCGGCUGCAACCCCAGGCACCUCAACCACAGCCCCAGUGUACGACCCUAAUGCACAGUACCAAGGAAACCAGCAGCGAUAUCUCUACAAUGGAAGCCCUCUCCCUGGAGUCAACUAUGGCAAUCAAGUUCAAAUAUUUGCAUUUCAACAGCAACCUUUCUAUCCGCCUAGUAUGCUUCAUCAACCAUGGACUCACGCACCUCACUCAAAUCCUCCUUACUUUGAAAUGAGCAAUGUAUUUUCAAUGAACGGAAUCUCCCCUCAAGGAUCAUACUCUAAGCCACCUUCAAGGUUUCCUAUUCAAAGAAACACAAGAAAUAGACGUGAACCUCGCUCAGGGGACAGAAGUCACCUAUCAGACAGUGGGCGUCAUCAUUCAAAUUUGAGUCAUCAUCAUCAUCUUGGACCUGCUCCUGUUGUUAGUGCUGUAGCCUUAAAGAAUUCAAAUGCUACAUCACUUAAGAGUCAACACACAUCAGUGCCUGGACCAGGUGACUUGAGAAUUUCUCAGAGUAAUUCAUCGACUGUCACCGCACCAGCUCUUACAACAGCAUCAACAACCACAACCAGCACUGCUUCUCAAGACAGCAGUGAUGUUGUGGUUGAUGAAAUUAGUACGCGGGGUCCAACCAACAGCAGAGAUUCAUCAAAGGAACCUCUACCUCCACGACACAGGCGGAGAAGGAAGGAAGAAGACCCACCAGCCGCACGUGGAAAGCCAAGCAGCCCGCUCCCUGCCUCAACAAGCAAUACCCGUCCUGGACCUCAAUUUGACUUGGAAGCAAAUGCGUUUCCACCUCUCCCAGGCUUUCCACCUCUCUCAGAAGCACCAGCCGCUGGAACAAACGCUGCAAAGACUGUGGCCGCCCCCGAUAGCAUUGUGUCUUCAGUAGAACCCUCCCAAUCACAUUGGGAAAAUAGGUUAGCAGAUGUUGUUAAGGGCACUGCAAAGCCUAAAGGACAAAGUAGCCAUAGCAGUGCAAGCAGUGCAAGCAGCAGCAGCAGCAACAGCAGUGUGACAAAGGAGAAGGAGGCAGGCAGCUCUAGCUCACCACGCACACUGACUCCCCCCCCUCAGACUAGUCAGGCAGGGACGGGGGUUGGGGCGCCCCCGCCCCAGUCCGUAGCACCUGUGUCUUCGUCUUCGUCGUCUUCGCAAUCUCACCCCCAGCCACACCAUAAUUCUCAAACUCACGCUCCAGCUUCGCACACUUCUGCGCAGCCGUGUGUUCAUUCAGGCAUAUCGUCUUCAACGGGCAGUGAUUCUGCACUUGCCACUGUAGCCAUGACGCCGCCAUCUUCGCCUGAAAAGGUUGUUCCUGUCAUUAAAAAGAGCUGCACCACUGCAGACAAAUCUACAAAGACUGAGGAUACUCUGCUUCAUUCUGCAGAGGAGAGGGUUAAAGAGACUAUUACCGACACUAGUAGUUCUAGCAACAAACAAAGUGGUCAAAGCAUGUCCGCAGCGGCUGUUGUUGCAAAGUCUGUUCCGACGACCACAAACGCAUCCACUAUGACUAGCACUGUGCUGACUGAAUCAACUUCCUCAUCAAACACUCCUCCUUCACAAUCUGCUCCAAGUCCUCCUCCUGUUGCUGGGGAGCCUGUACGCCUAAGUUAUGCUCAGGUAGCCCAGCAUGCCAAGGAAAAAAUGGAGCGAGCAGCGAAAGAAAAAGAGGAAAGUGUUUCACCUGCUUCAAGUUCCACUACUACUACUACUAGUGUCUCUACCAGCGCUAAUACAGUGGUUUCUAGAGUAUCUGCACAACAUUCACAUGCUGACAGAGGAGACUCAUCAAAUUCGGCACGAUAUUCAGGCCGAGGUAAUUCUAGUGCUAGUAAUAGUAAUAAUAGUAGUAGCAAUGCAAGCACCAGACCGGAACGAAGUGGUUUUAGAAGAAGAGAUAAUCCACCUUCAGAGCGAUCGGAUCGCUCAGAUAGGGUGCAUCGCUUUCGAGAGUUCCUGAAAUAGCGGCAAGGUUCAGGCUGUAUCAGUGACCUGCCAUUUCAAUUAUUGUUGCUUUGUUUGAGUUGUGAAAAGAAUUAUCUGUUCUUUCUGGCAGAAUUGUAGUAGGUAGGUUGUUAUGAAUUGCACUGUAGUGAAAUCAGAGACAAAGACUCAAAGCCCAAAGUUGGUACCAAGUGCCCCAUACUCGUGUGUUAUACAGUGGUCCAUUUGGACGAAACUUUUAUAUAGUGUAUAAACAAUAUCAUGAAUUAAUGAAAGUUUCUCCCUCCAUCUUCAUUAUUAUUCAGUUGUUAUUAUGUGCCUUAACUUUUUGGGAUUCGGUGCACCCUGUUGUUAAGGAUAUCACACACCUGAUAAAAACAAAAUUAUGUAAUUAUUUUUGUUUUCAGUAGUUAAUGUGUUAUCUUUGUAAUAAUAGCCAUAGCUUUGAUAAGCUCCCUGCAAAGUUGAUUGUUUUGUUUUUGUUUUGUGUGGCCAAGCAGAGAAGCGAUUUAGGAGAAAGUGUGGGAGCAAAGAGACACAUCUGAAGGUUGUUUGCAUUGUAUGCAUGUGUGUGCAGUAACUGUGAUACCCCUUAACCACAAUUUUAAGAAUUAUAAACAAUUACUGUUUGGUGUAAUAUAUCAGGGAUAGUUGAGUACAUUGUGACCCAAUUUACUGCUCUGGCAUUCUUGAUUAUUGGAAUUGUGCUAUGUAUGGGGCUUGUCGUCCGAUAAUUUCCCCUCCCUCCCCCUUCCCCCUUCCCCCGACAAUUGUUCGAAUUUUAAGACAAAAGUUAUCUUUCAUCGGCCCAAUAGAUUUAAGAAGAUUUAUGUAAAGAUGUGGUAAUGGUAUUUUAGAAGUGGAGUAAUUUUUCUUACCACUACUUUUCUUACUAAACGACGUUAACAUUUAAAUGUAGGGAUGAUUGUGUGUGUGUGUUCGUGUGUGUGCGUAUUGGAGGAUUGUUCCAUGGCAGACACUAAGUCGGAAAUGCUGGUGUUGGGUCUGGUGCAGUGUUCUGAAUGGGGUCGUUGGCAGCUGGGCGGAACCCCGGUGCUGGAACGUAGUUCUGAUGGGCUGGUCUAGCCUUACCUAGCCCUCCCUCGCCUGCCUCGCCUCGUGUAGCCAAGCCUAGCACAGCCCAGAUUUCUCUAGCCUUGCCUAGCCUUGCCUAGCCCAGCCCGAUGGUCUGCUUAUGACGCGCCGGUCUCCGGACCCUAUCUCUGGGCACUCGUGGCCAGUGAGCCAGCUCAACUCUCAUCUCGCCAGAGUUUGGUCGUUGGGCUGUGGAGACAACCCACACACAUUAUUGGUUGCUUUCUUUUGGGAAGAUCUCUAAUAAUGCUCUUGCUGAUUGUUAACAGGUGUGUGUAAUAAUUGUGUAAAAGUGAUUGUGCAUUUGUCCCCUCCCCCUCCCCUUGUACAGAAUUUGACUAACAAAUUUAUUUUUGACAAAUGUAUAGUUUGCAAUCAGUGUAGUUGUUAAAGUAAGUAAUUAUUAUUAUAAAGUGGUUACAAUGUAAACUUAUUAUCCUAUUACAUUUGUUGGGAUUUUUUUUUUAAAGGACAAUACUAUUGUACUUUUGUUUCAUUUUUAUAUGAAAUAAAACUUGCUAAAUUGAAUUUUGGAUUGGCAGGUUGGUGUUGGGAAGAUUUUUAUUUAAUUAAUUUUGUUGACUGGAAUGUACAGAGCAUGAUCCAGGCAGCCGUUCAAGUAAUGUAGCCAUAGGUGCAAGAAUCAACUUAACUCGAACGACUGUGAGGCAUGUGUGAGCCUGAAUGCAUUGGGUGUAGCUUCCUCAAUUCUUGGCUGUAGCUUCUUUAGUGUAUCCUGCCAGCCGAGGACGGAUCACAGUGCUUCCACUAGCUUUAGGUCUCCUAUUUCUGUUGCAGACUUCCUCACUAAUGCCAAUCCAGCAUAUCUUUGAAGUAAAUCUUUAAAUGUGUGUUACAUUUUUUUCUUUUUUAUAUAUACAUAUUAUAUAUAUAUUUACAUAUAUAUAUAUAUUGUAAUAUAUAUAUAUAUGAAGGUACAAGUCAUUUAAGUGCUCAUUGUAAAAUAUUUGAUCGUUAUUACUUGUCGAGGAAUGUUGAUCACAAAUAACUCAUUCGCUAUGUUGUAUGUGGUAUUUUUGCUCUUUCAGUGUCGUAUAAUUUCUGACAAAAUUUUUGAUGUAUUUCUCAGGAAACUUUGUUAGGGAACCAACAUACAUGAAAACUUGCAUAAUCCUGUCAUGUUGUGACAGGGUACUUAAAAGUUGUGUGAAAAAUAAUGUUUACAUUUACUCUCUAAGCAAAUAUGAGAAAAAUAGUCGAUUUUUGAUUGCCUUGUUCAACUGUGUGUUGUUCAUAGGUAAGAGAAAUUGUUCAUAAUGUAUAAGCUUAUUUUUACACAAUGGUCAUUGUGAGGCAAAUGAGUUUUGUGUGUUUUUGUUCAAUAAAAUAAUAAAAAAUUGCAUAUGGAACGUGAUUAAGCUCCCCAUAAUCCCACUGGGAAUCCUGCACUUAACUUGAGUACUGUAUUUUUUCAGUAUAGUUUUCAUGCCUUAAAAGAUUUCUGAGUUUUGUAUAGAGUAUAUUUGAUAUUGUUGAAAGAUUUUAUAAUAACAAUUGUGGUGUAAAGUGGCCUUUAUUACUGGCCAAAUUUAUCCUCAGUUUGCC